GGCGAGUAACGACACGCCAAUCCAAGACAAGUUUAAUAUUUUCUCUUUUGGCUAGCAAUGAGCAGUUGAGGCAGCAUGUAAAGUUUCGCCAUGCUUGUUUUUAAUUGUUAUCGUUUCUAACGUUCUCUUGAUUUCAGAUCUGUUAACAACAACACGCAAAGCUGGCGCAAGACGAUUCUCAAGGCGGGGACGAGGAGGCGAGUCGGCGAAGACCGAUUAUGGCCGCGCCGGCGACAACCCCUGAAGAACGUGGUGAACACAGGCUGCAGUUUGCGUACUCGCUUUGGUUUUCAAGGCGAGCCCCGGGGAACAAACCCAACAACCAACGUUAUGACCAGAACCUCAAGCUUGUCUGUACUUUUGAUACGGUGGAGCAGUUCUGGAGGCACUAUAGCCAUUUGAUUCGACCUUCAGAAAUGUCGGGCCACAGCGACUAUCACCUCUUCAAGGAAGGCAUCAAACCAAUGUGGGAGGAUGAGGCAAACCGCACGGGUGGCAAAUGGAUUGUGCGGCUGCGCAAGGGGCUGGCAUCCCGCUGCUGGGAGAAUCUGAUCCUGGCCAUCCUGGGUGAGCAGUUCAUGGUUGGCGAAGAGGUUUGUGGUGCCGUGGUGUCGGUGCGCUUCCAGGAAGACAUUGUGUCCAUCUGGAACCGCACGGCCAGUGACAGCCAGACAACGCUGCGCAUUCGUGACACCCUACGUCGUGUACUCAACCUGCCUGUCAACACCGUUAUGGAGUACAAGACGCACACAGACAGCCUGAGGGACAAUUCCAGUUUUUCGCAACACGGACAUCUUCCUCAGAUGACAAGGAUUGGAGGUGCGGCAAAGACAGGCCAUACUGCUCGUGAUAAAGGACUCUGGAGCCUGCAUUACAGUGCCAUCAUAAUGUGUGGUAAACACCACCCAAUAAAAAAAGGACAUCACUUGAUUCAGAGCAAAUGUUUCACUUGCAGUCGUGCUGCUCUUGGAAGACAUCUGUUGUGACUGUAUCAUUGCAUC